AUGGUCAAGCUCGAAGAAGUCCCCGACGAGGAGUACGAGAAGCAGCAGAACGGCCCCCAAGAAGAUGAAGACGAAUGGGACACAGACGACGACUCCGAAGUCUCCGACGUCGACGACGACGACUCCCUCGACGAAUCGCUCCUCGACCGCGUCUACGCCCUCAAAGACAUCGUGCCCCCCACCUACCGCAAGAACCUCUCCAGCGCCGCGUCGACAGGCUACUCGUGGGUGUCGCGGGGUCUGGGCUUCAGCGGGAAGACGUUGUGGGUCGUCAGCACGAGCGCGCUGUUGCUGGGCGUGCCGUGGGCGCUGGCGUUUAGUGAGGAGCAGCAGGUGCUGGAGAUGGAGAGGGAGAUGAGGAUGCAGCAGGGGGCGAAUGAGCUUUUGACGGGCGCGGGGCAGGGGCAGACGGGGGCGAAGCCGGCGUUGUAG